AUGUCCGCCGAAUAUCCCGGAGCCUACAAGAGGACUCGGUCGGGUCGACCUGCCAGGGACAGGUAUGCCGCCCAGCUCGACGCAAGCAACUUCCUGGCCUCAACCGAUGCCAGCGCCAAUACAUCCCUCACGCCUUCACCCACCCCAGCGCUACCGUAUGACUCGAUUUCAGAGGUAGAUGCAGUGCCAAGACCUUCUGUUUCUCGAUAUCCAGAUCCAGAGGUGCAGGAGCCCACUCCAGAGCCCACCGAAGCGGCGGGAGAAAGUCCACGGCCACUGCCAGAGUUUUCGGACAGUCCUGACCUUGGCGAGAACGUGGACAUCGUAGCCCCCACCAGCAGAAACGUUACUGCUCAUCCGCCCGAAGCCGGAGUGCCUGGCUUGCGAGACGAAUAUUCUAGCGAAUUCCCAGGUCAGGGUGGGAGCGGCAACAUUGUGCACAGUGGCACACUGCGGCCGUCACCGCAGCCUGAUACAAAUGAAUCUUCCAAUGACAAAGAUACGUUCGAUGGAGCAACUGAAUUAUCUUCUUCCUCCUCCCGCCGAAGGUGCAGCAACAGGAGCCGAAUUAUCGAUGUUAUCCCGCCUCUGUUAGUAGCUGUUGCACUCUUAUUAUUAGCUGUCACUUGA